AGAACAACAAACGUUCGGCUGCUGGUCGUUUUCUUGCUGAUUUUUCGAAUCAUAUAAUCCCAUCACACACAGAAAAAACUGGUUUAUCUCCUUCGCUCAGUCUAAGUCAAAAGACCGGCGCGAUAAGAUGUCGCUUUUCGGCAAGCUAGUACCACUUAUUCUUGUGAUUGGGCUCCAGGCAUGGAUCGCUGUGGCGCAGGAUUCCAACGGGUGCCCGAAUAUUGUGAAACGUGCCGGCUGGAGUGCCAGCAAAUCCUCCAACGUUACCUACCAGAUCAAGCCGGUCCAGCAUGUGGUGAUCCACCAUACGGCAACGCAGACCUGCAACGAAAUGCCAGUGUGUAAGGAGAUUGUCAAAUCGAUUCAGGAUCAGCAUCAGAGGCAAAACAAGUGGAGCGAUAUUGGUUACAACUUCCUGAUUGCCAACGGUGGCAAUGUGUACGAAGGGAUCGGGUGGCAUCGCGUUGGAGCGCAUACCCGUGGCUACAACAGUAAGUCGAUCGGUAUUGCGUUCAUCGGGGAGUUCACGAAAGAUCUUCCAUCGGCGAAGGCUUUGCGAGCAGCCAGUAAAUUGCUACAAUGUGGAGUGAACAUGGGAGAGCUGGAUGCGAACUAUCUUCUAUACGGAGCAAAACAGCUUUCGGCGACUGCCAGUCCAGGGAAAGCACUGUACAAUGAGAUUAGGGAGUGGGAUCAUUUCGAUCCAUCGCCUGUGCUGUAGACAAAACUCAAUUAAAUAUAGAAUUUUAUUUAACUGAUUCUGAAGAAAAAGAGUAGUGAAACUUUAGUGAUAAACUUUUCGGAAGGUGCUCCAUGUCCAAGAGUAGCAGUAUUCAUCUAACUACUAUUUCCUAGCCGUUCAAGACCAGGACUUUAGGCAAGAAGAUCGUCGUUGAGAUUGUGUUAAUUUAUGUAAUUUAUGGACGUUCUCAAAUUUUCUACGGAGCAAAUUUAUUUCUUAUUUUUCCUGAGGAGCAAUCUUCAAUUUAUUAUGGGUAUAAUUUUAAUUUUUUUUUUGUGAAGCAUUUGCAUUGUAUCGUGGAACAUGCCAAUCAAGAUGUCAAUAUUAUUUAUUGGUGCAAUUUUUUAGUUACAAUCAGUAAAUUCCAUGUUUUACCAGUACAAUUAUGGAUAACCUUGUGAAUAUCAUUGCACCUGUUCUUGGCAUAUAUGUUCAUUCUUUAUGGAGCACUUUUUGGUUUUGUAUGGAGCAUUUGCAAUUUCUAUAGUCGCAAGAACCUUUUGCCACUUCGAAGACAUACCUGAAAGCCCACUGAAAUACUACUGAAUUGUCGCUGAGACCCCUGAAAUCUUUUGCAGCCCCGAAACGCACCCAAACCUUUCUGGAACCCCAAAAAAACUACAUAAAGAUCCUCUAGGGAACCAUUGAAACCCCCGGAAGCCUUCGGGAACUGCCGGGGAACCUCUUGUGUCCCCUGAAGCCCCUCAUGGGGCACCUGGAAACUCCCCUUCAAUCUCUUUUGAUACCUUGAAGCACCAUUGAGACCUUUUGGAACGCUCCUGUGGCCUAGGGACCCUACGAAACCCCUUGAGGCCCCCUAAAAAGCCUUUG